AUGGCAACCGUCGUUCACGAGGCGGCCAACCUGGAGCCAGCGGCCGAGGCGGUGGAGGCGGGCAGGCUGAUCCUCAAGGCGGCGGAGUGGCGGCUCGCAAGGGCGGUCGAGGUGAUGCGGCUGGGCUACCUGAUCGCGUGGGACGAGGAGCGGUUUGAGGGCGAGGGGGCGGCGCCGGGGUUGGCGGACCUCUGGCGCAGCUUUGUGCUGCCAAGGGUGGUGGCGGCGGCUGCCGCAGACGCAUCGCGCUGCCCGUGA